CGUUAAUAACUGACGGCUCACCCAAGCGGAAGUUCGUUUUGUUUUUAAGAAGUCGUAUGUUGUCUAAACUAACUCCUUAUAGAUGGUGUUUUGUGAACAUGGCGGCUAAAUGAAGAGUUUAUGUGUUAGUGUAGAGUAAGUAAAAGCUGAAAUGUCUCCUCUUAAAGAGUACGUGGAUAAACUGACUCGUGUUUAUGAGCGGUACAUUGAGUAUGUGAAGAGAAACCCCUCCGCCGCUGCACAGGUGGAGAGCACGGUGCGGACUCUCUCAUACCUGAUCGCAGGGCGAUUCACAGAUUCCCAUUUAAUAUCCGAACUGGUGUACUCUGCCUCCAAUCUGCUGGUGUUGUUCAAUGACAGUAUUCUACGCAAGGGGCUAAGAUGUAACCUCCCUGUGCCCCUCUCUCAGCAGAGGCUCCUCACCUGGCUGUCGGUGAUGGAGCAUGUGGAGGUCUUCCUGGAGAUGGGAGCCUGCAAACUGUGGGGGGACGCGGGACGCUGGCUGGUGAUCGCACUCAUUCAGAUUUUUAAGGCAAUUUUUCGCCUUGUGCUUCUUCUGUGGUACAAAUCGGGCAUCCAGACUUCACCUCCCAUAAUGCCCGUUGACAGAGCAGCAGAAUACGUCGGGGAAGAUGAGGCUAACGGGGAACAAGAAGAAGACACCUGCUAUGUGGGCCAGAGGUCAGGACGGGUCAUCAGGCCACUCGGCAGCACUCCCUCCCUGCAGGCACGGCUGUGGGGAGCACCGGGUCGGAAUAACAGGACGAAUAGCUCAAACGGGGGCAAGCUCUACGCCACACCAACACCACUGGGUCUUCAGGAGACCCUCGCAGAGACUGUGUACAUCGGACGGCCUCUUGUGCACUUGCUCUGCCUCGGACUCUGUGGGAAACAGUCCUGGAAGCCGUGGCUCGUCUCAGGAAUCAUCGAACUUUCCAGUUUCGCUGUGCUCAGUGAAAGAAAAUGUCAAAAUCCAUGGGAGAAGGCGGAGAUGAGGAGAAGGACUUUUCUUCUGCUCUACUACCUGCUGCGAUCACCCUUCUAUGACAAGUUCUCUGAGGAAAAGAUUCUGUUCCUGCUCCGACUUCUGGCUGAUAAUAUUCCAGGAGUAGGCCUUGUUGCACGGCCUCUGAUGGAUUACCUCCCCUCCUGGCAGAAGAUCUACUUCUACAACUGGGGAUAAAUACUGAUGGAUGUGUUCGGAUCUUUAUAAUUCGCAAGUCAACGAGGGCAACAAUGAGAAAGGAACUGUCCGGCCUAGGGUCAGGCGCUUGCCAUAAUUUCCCCAUAAAUCAGAUGAAACGAUGUGGAGAUAAUUAAAUAUACCUUAUUCUUGACUGAGAAGGUUACUUAAGAAACAAGUCAAACAUAUUCUUCUUCAUCCUACAUGAUUUAAUACUUUGUUUCUGACAGAACAAAGCACUGGUUUUAUGAAUGCUUUUAAAGCCAAAUGUUGGAGAACUCCAUUCUUUGACUAGUUAAUGGUUCAUGGGAGUGUCAGUACUGUGAAAACUACAUGAUGUUGGCCCAGAGGCAGACAUCUUUGAAGGAAGCAUGGCGCACCUAGCACCCAGCCUCUUAAAGAAGAAGUUACAGGUCUGUGAGAGCCAGAAGUCUUGCUUGUUUGUAGGUGAUCAAAUACUUAUUUUACCGAGGAAUUUACCAAUUAAUUCAUUAAAAAUCCUACAAUAUGAUUUCCUGGAUUGUUUCCCCCAUUCUGUCUUUCAUAGUUGAUGUAUACCUAUGAUGAAAAUUACAGGCCUCUCUCAUCUUUUUAAAUGGGAGAACUUGCACAAUUGGUGGCUGACUAAAUACUAUUUUGCCCCACUGUACAUCCUGAGUGACAGUCUGUUUUACACCAGCAAGCAUUGAAUUUGCAGUUCUUGUUGAAAAGUUCUCGUGCAGGAAAGACCUGUACAACACCAGAUGAAACAUCAUGAUUGACAACUUGUAUGACAGCAUGAACAGGUUUGAGGCUGGGUGUGUGUGAGGCAGAAUAUGAGAACAAUCCAGAUGUUUUAAAUCUUUAUUAACAUACUGAAUACGUUAUAUUUUGUAGUCUACAAAUAAAUAGUUGAAUGUUU